UUUCGGUGCUGUCCCUAUCACCGAACGAUCACUAUGCUCACUCUUCAAUAAAUCAAAAGCAGCUCGUCAAUUUUCAUAUAUGGAGUAUCAAUUUUCUCGAUUCGCUACUUAAUAAGCCUCAUCGACAAGAUUUUAUACAAGAAAAAGUUAUAUUUUGAAGGUGUAAGGAAUAAAUUUGAGGUUCAAUGGCUGGAUGGUCGAAGCCAAAAGACAUUUUGGCACUAACAAGUUAUGAAACUAACUGUGAGGGCCAUAAGAUGCCGGGUGACAAUCUUGGUUUUACUGUGAAAGAUAGGAUUUUCCAUGACUGCAAGGAUGAUUUGGAAAGUUUGUUUGAUCAAGUAAUUCCAAUUUUUCUGAGGGAGAUAUCUGUAGAUAAUUGUGCUAGACCUCUUCCGGCAAUGUUGAGCAAUGGCCAGCCAGUGAAUUUGUUUCAGCUGUUCUGUGUAGUGAAAAGAAACGGAGGUUUCUGUAAUGUGUCUGAGAAUGGUAUGUGGGGUUUGGUUGCAGAAGGAUGCGGUUUCAGUCCUGUGUUAAUGUCGUCAAUUGAAUUAGUGUAUAUUAAGUAUCUCAAUGAGUUAGAUGGAUGGUUACGAAAGAUAAAAAUGGAUGCGAGGAUGGAUAAUGGCGAGACCCAAAUUAUCAAAAAAUUAGGUCUGUUAAUUGAGGAGUCAAAGGAGCUUAAGGGUCUGGUAUGCAGUGAUGAGGACAAGGGGAGGAACACUGGUAAGGUUGAACUUGAUUUUGACAGCACUGGAAAACCUACCGAUAUUUAUGGUGGUAAGCAUGGACCGCAACAGUCAGAUGACAGCAUGAAUUUAAAUAAAGUAAAUCAUGCUGUAGAAAGUAGCUACGACAAUGAGAAAGACAUAAUCAUACAACAUGACAAAAGUAUUACUUUUUCAGCCAAAUCCUUUGUUGAGAACAUAAUCAACUCUCAAAAGAAAAAAUUGUGUUCUGAGGCUAAAGUAGAGAAAGUGCAAGUGAAAGUAGAAGCAAGUAGAAGUUUUGUUGACAACAGAACUAUUGGUGUUCGGGAUGAUUAUGAUAUCCUUUUAUCUGCUAGAAGUGUUGUUAAUAAAGUAAUUAGUUCUAUGAAAAGUGAAUUAGGUCCGUCAAGACCAUCACAAGAGGUAGCCAAUGUCAGAAAGACUAAUGACUAUGAUCGAUAUUUUUCACCCAAAAGAAUAGUUGAUAAAGAUGUUGAUUCCCGGAACAAGGUAAAUAGUCUGUUGCCUUGGAAAGGCAUAAAUGUAGUGCAUGGAAAUGUGGGUAAUACUAAAGCUGACUGUGGAAAAGUGCGCAUUCCAGAUAAUGCCAGGGUUGGGAACCCUGUUGUGUUUCGGAAGAGGAAACGGGAACAUAUAUCUUUACCGGGAAUGCUGAAGUGGAUGGCUCAUGUUGCAAAGCACUCCAAUGAUCCAGCAAUUGGAGAAGUACCUGGGCCUUCCACUUGGAAAAGUCAUGGAACUCAAGAAUACUGGCGGCAGGCUUUGUUGGCACGUGAGGCACUCUUUGUAAAAAGACCAAUAUAUGCAGACCUUGUAGAAUCUUCAUUUCAGAAGAAGCAGAAGAUGCAUCCUUCAAUGUAUGAGGACACAGAUGUCAUCCACAAAUCCGCAGAGAGAGUGCAACGUAGCAAAAGCUUCUUAUUGUCAAAAUCUCAGUUUUCCCCACAUUGGAACCGUGACGAUGCUACUCCAAGAAACCUUGCAAGUCCUGGCCAAGUAGAAACAGAUAAUGCGCGGAAAGUGCCAUCAUCUCCUAUGAGUGAGGGAAUACUAAGUAGGUUUGCCUUGGCUGUUUCAGGAGAGGAGGCCCCUGUGAGCGAUGUUUCUGUUGGUCUUUCUUUUCAAGCAGAAAUUCCAGAAUGGACAGGCGUGGCUUCAGAAUAUGAUUCGAAGUGGUUAGGCACAAAAAUGUGGGUUCCGGAUAAAGAUGAAAAUAACAAAACUCCAACAGAAAAGCAUCGUAUUGGGAAGGGAAGGCAAAGCACAUGUGAUUGUCUGGCUCCAGGUUCUUCAACAUGCAUAGGGUUUCACAUUGCUGAGAAGAAAUUAGAACUAAAGGUUGCUUUGGGUCCGCUAUUCUAUCGUUGGAAGUUCAAUCGGAUGGGCGAGGAAGUUUCGCUGGGCUGGACAAGAGAAGAACAAAAGAGAUUCAAGGCUAUGGUGCUACAAAAUUCUACUGGCCACAACCAUUUCUGGAACAAUGCUUUCAAGCUCUUUCCUUCCAAAACAAGAGAGGAUUUGGUGAGCUACUACUUUAAUGUCUUUGUUCUCCGGUGUAGAAGCUAUCAGAACCGCGUCACACCAGAUAGCAUAGACAGUGACGAUGACGAAACAGAUCUUGGACCUAUUGGCAGAAGUUCUUAUUUUGCAGGAAACCUUGCUCCAGUAACUUAUUUUACCUGAAUACUCAGAUUGGGAGCAACCUUUUUCUAUAUGGAGUUUGUAUACAUAUUAUGACUUGUAAACUAAAUUUCUGGCAGGGACCGAUCUUUUCGGUACUGACCAUCUUUCUCUUUUCCUGAGAUGAUCGUAGUUUUAAGUCUUAAUGUGUCUAGCAUGACUAUGUUUGUAGAAGUCUGGAAGACGAUGGUACCUGGUUUUCUAAAUCGUUUUCUUGCUGGAACA